UAUUCUGAAAAUAUUGACCGGACGCGUGUUUUAGGUGACCCAAGUCUGGUCUAUAAAAAAAGAUGAUAUUCGCCAAAACAAGCUCGUAAUCAGGCGGGCAGCUUUAGGGAAGCGUCAUGUCCUGUUGCGAGGGCAGAGAGCGGGAGGACGCGGCACAGGGCAGCAUCCUGUACAGCAUCCUGAACACGGGCGCCCGAGGACACCUGGACACGGCCGCCGCGCAACAGCUCUGCUCGUGCGCGUCAAAGAGGCGACUGGUGUCGAUUCGUGCUCCGCAAUUAGUUUUCAAAGCGGCCUCGGAGGUGCUUGUGAAAACUAUCCGAUUCGUGAAAAAUGUACCGUGUUUUCGAGGUUUGCCGGCGGGAGACCAGCUCCGGCUCGUGCGCUACAGCUGGGCGCCGCUGCUGGUUUUGGGCAUGGUGCAGGACUCCGUGGAUUUCGACACGGUGGAGACGCAUCAGCCCAGUCUUUUACACACGAUUUUAACGCACAGCACGGGGCGGCGGCAGCGCACUCCGACUGAGAUUCGAGACCCAGGAGUGCCAGUCAGUGAUGCAGAGGGGAUCAAAACGUUUCUGGUCAGAUGCAGAGGACUGAGGAUCAGCGUCAAAGAAUACGCGUUCCUGAAAGGAGCCAUACUGUUCACCCCGGACGUGACGGAGCUGGAGUGUCGGGAGUACGUCCAGGCGCUUCACAGAGAGGCCGAGCGCGCGCUUUACGAGCACGUGAGGACGGCCCGCUUCGGGAGACUGCGCGCGGUGCUGCACGCGCUGCGCUCCAUGGACCCGGAGGCGGUGGCGGGACUCUUCUUCAGACCCGUGACUGGCUCGUGGAGCAUAGACGAGCACGUGCUCGCCAUGUUUCAUGAGCGGUAGAGUCUAAAACGAAGGAGGACGUCUGGGAUUGAAUGACAGGCGCGUACGCUUUAAUUUAAUCUGUUCGUGUAUUUAUACAUAUGCCCAUAUUUUUAUGUCAAGUUUAAAGGAUUUACUGUCAGCUUUCAUGUCAGCUCAGAGCACCACCUGCAUAUUGUGAAUUCAGCAGAAUGCAAAGUUUUGCACAUCAUGAACUUUUGUUUCUUUUGUAAGGACACUACAAAUACGGUGACCUCAAUAAAAGAGCGAGUGACACUGAAAA